AUGCAAUGCAAGCACAUUCGUGCUGUGCCCUCAUGGUGCAAUGGACCAGGUUGCUAUGACUGUGCCUUCAUCAAUAUUGAUGAUGAGCAGGAUGACAUGCUCAGCAUGGAUGUUGUUUGGAUAUUUUGCUUUUUAUCUUUCACUUUUACUAACGGUCACACAUAUCCAUGUGCCCUUCUCACAGGCAUGUGGAUGGUGGCGCCGUCUCUCAACGAGGACAGCUCCCAUGACUUGUUGAUUAUCCAUAUUGACAGUAUUAUCUGCGGUGCUCACCUACUCCCAAUAUUCGGAUUCUAUGUCAAUCAUUUUAUUGAUCAUCAUGCUUUUGAGCUGUCCCCUUUACCCUUACUGUCCAGACAGUAA